UAAGUUUGAAAUUCAAUCAAGAAACCACACACCAAAUAGAAAAGAUUUCAUUUUGACGCGAGUGAUGCAAUAAUUCUUGAACAUUAUUGAUGGUAGAAUGACAUUAAACCAAACAAGAAUCACUAAAUCAGACAAAUUGGAUAGGAUUCUAAAGCGGAUAAUAAGGUUGAUUCACCACUUGUAAAAACAACGAGAAAGGAGGGAACAGCAAUUAAACAACGUUGCUAUCUCCUCCUGUCUGUAUCUUCAACGAUUAUAGAUACAAAAAUGGAAAGAAAAAGGGAACAACCUACAGAGAAGGGUUCAAGCUUGGAGUUUCUACCGGACCCACUUCUCCUUUUCCCAUGGGGAGCCUUUGUUACAGGGGAAGUGGAGAAUGCAAUUCAUGAAUCCUUCCUCUGAUCUUUAACCUAUUCAAAGGGGAGGACUGCACUUGUAGCAGUUACAGGGCGCUUCGUUGUUCUUAAUGCCGUGCUAAGAGAUUUAGAGACUGAAUUGCUAUAAUGGGUGGUUGUGUAUCAUCUCCAUAUAUAGCAACUAAACCGUCAAAAAGUAGUAGAUGAAGGAGGUCCCAUGGACGCUCGAAAAAGAGACAUGUAAAAUCAGCUUCAGAGGUAAACAGGACACGGAAUAGUGAUGCAGGAGCUCGAGUAUCUACAGUUAGUGAGUUUGUUCACACGCUACCAAACGCAAAACAUCUUCAGUCUCUAAUUCCUCUUUCCAUCUCACUCAGCUGCAAUUUCUCCACAGUCAAAGUGAUGUCAAUGCAAUGUACCAGGAAGAAUGGUUUGACACACUCAGUUUACUGGAGUGCAACUCCGAUGAUGACUUUAGUAGCGUACAUGGAGAUCAUGGCCCAUUUACAACAAACGGGAGAGUUCUUCAUUACGAAGUAGAUAGCAAGAGUAAUCUUAAAGAGGAGUUCUCAAGCAAAGAUGGAGUAAAGCUAAUAGAUUCCCACAAAAAAGGGCUUCCUGGCUUAGUGCAGAGUGAAGAUUCUGGUGCGGUGAAGGCACUAAAAUUAGACCGGGCCUAGUUUUAAUGGUAUUUAAGUUCAUGCGAAUGACCAUGAUGAUAAGACGUCCGAGACCCUAUUGAAGUCUGUCUUGCCGGCAUUAGUUCCCACCUUAAGUUUCAACGACAAGAUGCACAAGGCAGUAAAUUCUAUUCCACAAUCUCAGAAGAAUUCAGCAACUAUUAUUAGGCCCUCCAUACAAAAAGAGGCUAUUGGGGAACAAAUGGAUUUUGUGCAUCCGCUACAAAAUAUCUUUAUCGCCCUAGAGCUGGCUUAUUGAUUCCUUGUACUCCUAACGGGGAGCCGACUCCUGGAAGUGGUCUGAGAUUUUGCCAUCCACGUUCAAGCUCCGCGGACCUAGCUAUUUCAAGCAUAUGCAAGCCCUAUCGUUCAUAUAAAAAAUGUCGGUCACAUGAUUCAAUAUAGUACUAGUGUCUGAUGAUGUAGUUUUGCAGAGACAAGAAGAAGAAUCCUGCACCAGAUGUCACUCCUUUCAUUCCAAUAGGCGUAGAUCUUUUUGCAUGCGAGAGAAAGAUUAGCCACAUUUCCCAGCACAUGGAACUGCCUUGUAUAAAAUCAGAAGGGGGAGUUCCCCCACUGCUAAUUGUCAACAUUCGGGUGAUUGUUUGUGUCAUAUUCAAAAAUAGAUCAUAGUGUGACUGUCAAACAGAAGCUUGAUGCUUUUGCUUGUACUGUUGCAACUGCCCACGUAUGCACCUUCUAUGUUUCUUCGUGAAGGGGAUGGGGAGGGCUUGAGCCUUGUGCUAUAUUUUAAGCUCUCGGAGACUUUUGAGACAGACGUAUGUCCCAAUUUCCAAGAAAUGAUCAAGAGAUUGAUCGAGGACGAUAAGGAAGUUGUCAAAGGCUACAGAAAAGAAUCAAGUAUUCCUUUCAGAGAAAGACUGAAAGUCAUGGUUGGGGUGGUUAAUCCUGACGAUCUCGUCUCAAAUAAUACCGAGAGAAAACUCCUUAACGCGUACAAUGAAAAGCCUGUUCUCUCUUGCCCUCAGCACAGCGUCUAUGAGGGUCCCAACUACUUUGAGAUUGAUCUUGACAUUCAUCACUUCAGCUUCAUAGCAAGGAAGGGACUUAGUGCAUUUCGCGAGAGGUUAGGCAAUGGAAUACUGGAUCUUGGAUUGACAAUUCAGGCUCAGAAGCCAGAAGAGCGGCCGGAGCAAGUCUUAGGCUGUGUGAGAUUAAACAAGAUUAGCUUUGUCAACAAUGGCCAAAUACCAACAAUCGUGAGGCUAGAUGACGACUGAGUCUACUGUGCAUUUCACGAAAAAAAUGGUUUACCGCAGGCAUUUUCUACUAGUAGUGUUGGAUGUCCAGGCAAUCCACAUGACCAAGUUUGAUGAUGUAAAUUAUGGAUUACCAGUAGAGACUGAAUGCAACUACUUUCCAAUAUUUGAAUUCUCAGUGGCUUCAUUAGACAAAGUAUUGUCUCAGAAAUUCUUUCUAUUCUCUGUUGUAAGCAUACAUCUGUAUCAUGACACUUUUCAUAAGUAUAUUUAUUUUGUUAACUUCAUCAAUUUUGAAAUGGUUAUG